AUGUCUCAGGCUCAGAUCAUCCCUCAUGUCCAUCUGCUAUGCCUCGAUCAACAAUGCGGCAUCGCCUUUGAGGAGGCAAGUCAGCAACUUGAGCUCGGCUCCGCAUCUCAAGUGUCUAUCCUCAACUGCGAGCUCACAGGAGUACCAUCCACAGUUCAAUUUGACACCAUCGUCUCUCCUGCAAAUUCAUAUGGGCAGCUAGACGGUGGAUUCGAUGAUGCUAUCUCUCUUGCCUUUUCACCUGGCGACGACUAUAUGGCGCUCACUCGCGCAGCUCAGGAACAGCUGUACGAUGAAUGGCGAGGCUUUGCCCCUCCUGGGACCUGCACGAUUGUUCGAAUCCCGGAAAGAUUUCGUCAGCGAUCGAUGAAUGUCUGGGGCACAAAAUUCUUGGCUCUUUGCCCUACGAUGCGUGUACCCAUGGACGUCAGGUGGGAUAGGGAAAUUGUCUACGAUGCUGUGUGGAGUUUGCUCUGCGCCAUUGACAAGCACAACCGGACAGCACCUGAGAACGACAAGAUCUCAAGGAUACUCAUGACCCCCAUGGCGACGGGCACAGGCCUCGUUACUCCAGAGAGAUGGGCGGAGCAGACAGUCUUGGCGAUGAAGCAUUUCCGCGAAGCAGUAGAGAAUCCGCAGAAAUGGAGCGCGAUGGAGUGGCCUGACAUCUUUGAGGUUGGAGAUGAUAUCGAAGACACGUGGAAUUAUGAUGAUGAUGACAAUCGCACACCCGAGUAUCAGGUUCAUGGUCAGUAG